ACUCGGCUUCGGGGGAAGAGCCAGAAGGAGGGUGGGAACUAGGUGUCCGGGCGGCCCCGCCCCGUAGGGGCAGGGGGGCGGAGGAAGCGAAGGGUCCAGAGCCCCUCAUGCCCCCACAUGGAGGGGACCCCGGAGUGCUCCGCGCCCGAUCUGCGGGACGUGGAGGGCAAGGUGGGCCGAAAGACUCCCGAGGGGCUGCUCCGCAGCUUGCGGGGCGAGGGGGAACCAGUAUCUGCGCUGCUGCAGCCUCCCCGAGGGACGCCAGAAGCCGGCCACGGCCUGGGUCUGGGCGACAAGGUCACGGCGCUAAGGCUGGAGCUGGCUUACCUUCGAGCCAUCGACGUGAAGAUCUUGCAGCAGCUUGUCACAGUUAACGAGGGCAUUGAGGCAGUCCGCUGGCUGCUGGAAGAGCGAGGGGCCCUGGCUAGCCGCUGCAGCAGCCUCACCAGCAGCCAGUACAGCCUGACAGGGGGCAGCCCUGGAGCCUGCUCCCACAGGGGCAGCUGGGAGAGCCUGCCUGACCCCACCCCGACCACCACCACAGCUGCAGCUGUGGACAGGCUGGACAGCGUCUCUAUCGGCAGCUACCUGGACACGCUGGCCUCAGGGGCUGAGCCCGAUGACGAGGGGCUCUCUGAGGCUGGCACCCGAUAUCCUCCACCUGGCAUGACUUGGGCAAAGGCUCCUCCCUCAGAGGAGAGGUCCUGGACAGAGGCUGACACAGCAUUGGGGGCCAGAUCUGGGCGGAAGCCUCCUGGAGAGGAGGUCCCUGAGGAUGCCAGGUCUGGCCUCAGCUAUGGGGCCCACUGGUACUGGGGACAGUGUCAGGAUGAUGUGACAUUCUUGUAGCAGCCCCAGGCUUCUCAUCUCCCUCAAUCUGUCCCUUCCUUUCAUUCUCUGAAACAAGGAGACAGUAUGGUUUCAAAGGUUCCUUUUGGCUUUAAAUUUAAAUUUAAAAUCUGAAGGCCUGGAGGGAGAGAUUGGAAACUAGGCCCCAAGAUGUUCCUCAGGCCAGCUUCCCUCUCCCCCCAGGUCUUCCCUCAUUAGAGGUACUGUCUCCUGUGUCCUGUCUCUGUGCUUCAGGAAGUCAGCCAGAUGGCAACAUUGGCCUAGUGAGGGGAGGGCCCUGCCUGAUUCAGGGGAGGCUGGUGGGAUGGGCACCAGAAAUGAGUUAGUGUUGCCCCCUCUUCCAUGCUAGACUCCCUCAGCUGUUAGGUGGGGGGUGGGAAGAGCCAGUGUGGAAGCUUCUCCCCAUUCUCUACAAAGUCACCUAGAUUGCUGGGUGGUGAUUCACCCCUUCCCUGCAUCAGGGAUAGCAUCACUGUCUAUGGAGGAGGUGGGAAGCCACCUCCCAAACUCACCACCUUGGGGCUACAUCUUCCCAUUGACUGUAGGAUUGGGACGCCUGACUGGGCCGAUAUCACUUCCUGGUGGCCAAGCUUCUCCUUGUCCCUUCCUCGGAGUGACAAGCCCUUAUUUCCCAUGGGCUCCCUCUUCUUAGGAGUAAUGCCCCAAGACUUUCUGCCAGUGGGAGCCUCAUUUCCUCUUGGUCUCAACCUCACCAGCAGUUGGGAGGAACUUUGUGCUGGUAUUCUUCUCUUGCUGCCCAUGGCGUGGGGGAGGUGCAGGAUUCAGGCCUAACGACCCUCCUCUUCUCCUACUACCCCACCCACCCACCCACCAUUUGUAUGCCAGUUCAUGACCCUUGGUCUCUCUAUCCAGUCUCAGUGCCAUGGGGCUUGAGCCUCUGGGUGGGGGCAGGGAGGGUAAGGUUAUCUGAGGAGAGGGGGGAGGGAGAAAGGCUCACAAUACUCUGUUUCAAUAAAGUCCAUUGUUGCCUGA